UUUUUGUAUUUGCAUAUCGAUUCAGGCAAUGCAUUGCAUGUAGGCUCUCAUCUCUCUCUCUCUCUCUCUCUCUCUUUUUUUCCUGUUCUUCGCUAGAACCCUAAUUUAUAUAAUUCAAGCUCGAUUUAGAUUUUAGAAUCAUGUUCGGAAGCUGCUUGGUGGUUCGUAAGUUCCGUUUCUUUUAGUUUUGUAGCCGCGUUGAUCAUAGCUCAAUUAGAAGAAAUCAUAAUAGGAAGAAUCAACUCUGUUUUAGCAUGUUGCGAACGAAAGAACUUCUGUUUACAUUUGAGAGCAUUACUUGUUGGCUAAUCUUUAAGCUCAGACCAUUUGCCUGCUUAUGAGAGCUGAUUUGUGAACAUCCCAUGAGUUUAAUAAACGUUGCGUGGAAACAAUGCCUUGAAUGACUUCAUUGCACUAAUGGAAAGGGAAACUUCAAUGAAUUGGUUCUUAUGCUGAGCAAGUGGUUCACAUGGAGGAUCAUACAUUUGUUGUAGGUCAAGAGUUUCCUGAUGUCAAGGCAUUGCGAAAUGCCAUUAAAGAAGCUGCUAUAGCUCAGCACUUCGAGCUACGAAUUAUUAAGAGUGACUUGAUACGUUAUUUUGCAAAAUGUGCUGAAGAGGGUUGUCCAUGGCGAAUUCGUGCUGUUAAGCUUCCUAAUUCUCCAAUCUUCACAAUUAGAAGCCUUGAAGGGGCACAUACCUGUGGACGAAACGCCCAAAAUGGACACCAUCAAGCCUCCAUAGAUUGGAUAGUGAGUUUCAUAGAGGAACGGUUGCGGAACAACAUUAAUUACAAACCGAAGGAUAUAUUGCACGAUAUCCAUAAGCAAUAUGGCAUCACUAUACCUUAUAAGCAGGCCUGGCGUGCGAAGGAACGAGGUCUUGCCACAAUCUUUGGUUCUUCUGAAGAAGGUUAUGGUCUUCUUCCAUUGUACUGUGAACAAAUAAGGAAAGCCAAUCCUGGGAGUGUUGCAGAAGUGUUCACUACUGGUUCGGUUAACCACUUUCAGAGACUCUUCGUUUCGUUUUAUGCAUCGAUAUAUGGGUUUCUUAAUGGUUGCUUCCCUGUGAUUAGUCUUGGUGGAAUCCAGCUUAAAAGCAAAUACUUAGGUACUUUACUAUCAGCUACUUCUUAUGAUGCUGAUGGUGGGAUGUUUCCACUUGCUUUUGGUGUAGUUGAUGCUGAAAAUGAGGAAAGCUGGAUUUGGUUUUUGUCGGAGUUACAUAAGGCGCUUGAGAUGAAUGCUCGGAACGAACUGCACCUCACAUUUUUAUCAAAUGGUCAAAAGGGAAUUUUAGAUGCCUUGAGAAGGAAAUUCCCAAAUUCUUCAUAUGCAUUAUGCAUGCGCUACUUGAGUGAAAGUAUUGGAAAAGAGUUCAAAAACUCAAGGCUUGUUCAUCUUUUGUGGAAAGCGGCGUAUGCUACAACUAUAAUUGCUUUCAAAGAGAGAAUGUCUGAGAUAGAAGAGAUUUCACCUGAAGCUGCAAAGUGGGUACAACAAUUUCCUCCAUCUCAUUGGGCAUUGGUUUAUUUUGAAGGAAACCGAUAUGGUCAUCUUUCUUCAAAUCUAGAGGAGUUCGCUAAAUGGAUUCUCGAGGCACGUGAGCUCCCAAUCAUCCAGGUGAUCGAGCGGAUUCAUAGUAAACUAAUGGUUGAGUUUGAAGAGCGGCGUGCUAGGAGUUCAUCAUGGUUUUCUUUCCUGACUCCAUCAGCUGAGAAACGAAUAGUGGAAGCAAUUACCAUUGCAUCGUCGUAUCAAGUUCUUCGAUCAGAUGAGGUAGAGUUCGAGGUUUUAUCGGCUGAAAGAUCAUAUAUAGUUAAUAUUGGAACGCGAUGUUGCUCGUGUCUUGAGUGGCAGCUUUACGGAAUACCUUGCUCUCAUGCUGUUGCAGCCAUUGCCUCAUGUAGGAAAGAUGUCUAUGCCUUUACAGAGAAGUGUUUUAUGGUUUCUGGUUACAGGGAAGCAUAUGCAAAAGGUAUAUACCCGAUUCCCAGAAGACUUGAAUGGAAAAAUCUCGACGAAACUCUGAUGGAUGAUGAUACACAGAUUGUGCGACCACCCAAGUUUCGUCGACCACCAGGACGACCCGAAAAAAAGAGAAUUUGUGUAGAGGAACUGAAUCGAGAAAAACAUACCGUGCAUUGCAGUCGAUGUAAUCAAACAGGACACUACAAGACUACCUGCAAGGCAGAGCUCAUGAAGGGCAUUGAACAGUUCUAGAAAUCUAUUUCGUACAUGCCUCUCAUUUUGUCAAGUGUACAAUAUUUAUUUUCUGGGUAGCAGUUGGCUUUGGUUCUUAGAUAUGUGUAGAAUAGGGAAAAUCCCCAAUCUCUGAUGUAUAUGUAGACUGACUGUCUCUGUGAGGAUGAUUAAGUAUGCUGCAAUAUCAGGGGAUUCAAGUCACUAGUUGUA